UUUUGAGUACAAAUGCUUUGGAAUAAAUAGACUCAAUGACCCGUCAAAGUAUAGCUAAAAAGUGGCCAACUUCUGAUCCAAUAGGAGAUGUCUCAACCGAAGUAUGGACUUAAAAAAAAGAGAAUUGGAAAUAGUGCUGUGAAUUGGGAGAUCCUAGAAUAUUUAAAACAAUUUUAGUAGCAGUAAUUUUCAAAAGAAAUUUCCCCAAAGCUUCACCUCCCUGUGGCACAUUUCAGUGGAUUUGAGGGAAUCAUCUCACUAAAAUCGGACUGUUAAGUUCCAGAAGGCCAUGCAUGUGACUGGGUUUGCUGGGCAUUAUAGAUGCGGUCUGCCUCUGUCACGUUUUGACAUUGCUCUUCAGAUCUAAUUUCUGUGCCUUUUAUGUGAAGCAGUCUUGAACCAGUGGCCAUAGUACGAAGUCAGUGAUGAGAAACCGUUCGGCUGUAACAACGUUCAUCACCCUGGGUUUGACGAAUGACCCACAACUAGAGAUUUUGGCCUUUAGCUUUCUGUUGAUCACAUAUAUGUUAAGUGUAAUUGGGAACCUGACCAUAAUUUCCCUCAUCUUGGUAGAUUCUCAUUUAAAAACAGCUAUGUAUUUUUCCCUUCAAAAUUUUUCUUUCUUAGAAAUCUCAUUUACAAUUGCCUGUGUCCCCACGUACCUCUACAUCAUAUCAAGUGGGAACAAAACCAUCACCAUCAAUGCCUGCUUCAGCCAAAUAUUUUUUAUUGUCCUCUUUGGAGCUACAGAAUUUUUCCUCUUGGUUGUGAUGUCCUAUGACCGCUACGUGGCCAUCUGCAAACCCCUGCACCACGUGACCAUCAUGAACAGCAGAGUCCGCAGGAAUCUCAUCGUCUGUUGUUGCGUAUCUGGCUUAUUGAUUAUUCUCCCGCCCCUUGGCCUGAGUCUCCACCUGGAAUUCUGUGACUCUGUUAUUGACCAUUUUUUCUGUGAUGCUUCUCCAAUACUGAAGAAUUCAUGUUCAGAUACAUGGUUCAUAGAGCAGCUGGUUAUACUCUGUGCUGUGUUGACCUUCAUAAUGACCCUUGUAUGUGUAAUUCUACCCUACAUACACAUCAUCAGGAUGGUCCUAAGAUUACCCUCUGCUCAGCAAAGGAAAAAAGCUUUUUCCACGUGUUCUUCCCACAUGAUUGUGGUUUCCAUGACCUAUGGCAGCUGCAUUUUUAUGUAUAUCAAACCUUCAGCUAAGGAUGAAGUGGCCCUUAAUAAGGGAAUUUCCCUGCUCACGACAUCUGUUGCUCCUUUGUUGAACCCCUUCAUUUAUACCCUGAGAAAUAAACAAGUAAAGCAAUCUUUCCAUGACAUCUUGAAAAGACUUGCAUUUCUUUCAAAGAAAUAUUAA